GGCUUGGGCUCACUGUUGGUCGGACAUUGUGUUUGUGCACCAGUCGGAAGGGCUGAGGGAACUGAGUCGACCUCAGGAGAACACGCAGUAAACAUGGCCGCCGCCCACCGUUUGGUUAUUGUCCGCCACGGCGAAAGCGCCUGGAACCAGGAGAACCGCUUCUGCGGCUGGUUCGACGCCGACCUCAGCGAGAAGGGGGUGGAGGAGGCCAAGCGGGGAGCCCUGGCCAUCAGGGAUGCGGGCCUUAAGUUUGACGUGUGCUACACCUCCGUGCUGAAACGCGCCGUCAAGACCCUGUGGACCAUCAUGGAGGGAACGGACCAGAUGUGGCUCCCCGUGAUUCGCACCUGGCGCCUCAACGAGCGUCACUACGGGGGCCUCACCGGCCUCAACAAGGCCGAGACGGCAGAAAAGCACGGCGAGGAGCAGGUGAAGAUCUGGCGCCGCUCCUUCGACAUCCCGCCUCCACCCAUGGAAAAGGAUCACCCUUACAACAAAGUAAUCAGCGAGUCCCGGCGCUACAAGAAUUUGAAGCCUGGUGAGCUCCCCACAUGCGAGUCCCUGAAGGACACUAUCGCCCGCGCCCUGCCUUUCUGGAACGACGUCAUCGCGCCAGAAAUCAAGUCGGGGAAGAACGUUAUCAUCGCUGCCCACGGCAACAGCCUCCGCGGCAUCGUCAAGCACUUGGAAGGUAUGUCCGACGCAGCCAUCAUGGAGCUGAACCUGCCCACAGGAAUCCCAAUUGUGUACGAGCUGGACGCAAACCUCAAGCCCAUUAAGCCCAUGGCUUUCCUUGGCGAUGAGGAAACCGUGAAGAAGGCCAUGGAGGCCGUGGCCGCCCAGGGCAAAGCCAAGAAGUAAGCCUGCGCUGGAGACGCCGUGAGGAGGCAGAAAAAGAAAGAAAAGAAACUGUUCCCCCUUCAUGCUCCAGCCUGUCUCCCCCCCCGAGCAUUUGUCCAUCUUUGUAGUCCAUUCCAGCCGGGGUAACGCUUUUGGGGACGGCUCAUUUUCAGCCAAUUAGCCCUGUUUGUUUAAAUGUCAGACAUGAGCGAUGACCUGUCAAUCAAAGCAGACAGCCCAGCCUCACAAUCACUCAGCCCUUUUGAAUUGUGGUCAAGCUCCAUGUCAAGACCUCACCACUCUGGCACAGCCAAUAAAGAAGUCCUGUUUUUACAUA